AUGGUCCUCGAACUUCAUGUCUGGGGCCCGGGGUUCUCUUUGCCUUCAAUAGAGGCCCAAUGUCUCGCAACCAUUGCCUAUUUUUCGCAAGUUGUCCCCAAGGACACGUGGGUGUUAAUCGCCAGCAGUGAUCCUACCGUCUCUCCUACCCACGAGCUACCCGCCCUGAGGAAUGGCUCGACCUGGGUGAGUCGGUUUCGAAACAUCGUGGAUUACCUGCGCCAGUACUCCAAUGGGGCGUGGGAUUUAGAUCGGGACCUGAGCGGCCUAUCCAGAGCCGAUAGCAUAGCCUUCUCCUCCUUUGUGGAAUCUCGUGCCCAAUCCCUCGUCGACCUGUCCCUUUAUGUUACAAGCCGAAACUACUACAACACCACCUCCCCCGCCUACGGCGCAAUCCUCCAAUGGCCAAACCAAUGGAUCCUUCCUCCGAAACUGCACGCUGCCGCCAAAACCCGGACUGGGUCUCUAGGCCUCUCAUCGCUAGACCUGCAAGAGAUCCAGGAGCACCAGAAACGCGAGCAUUCCGCUGCCGUCGCGGCCGGGCACAUCCCGCAGAACUUCAUCCGGAAACCCCGGGAGACGGUCUCUAGUCUUUUAGGCAAGACGUCGCAGCAGAACCAAUUCCGCCUGGAGGCGCUCACAGCUGAGCUGUUUGAGCCGCUAGAGGAGUUGUUGGGCGAUAAGGCGUAUCUACUUUCGGGUCGGGCGCCGUCCAGCCUAGACUGCCUUGCAGUAGGCUACCUCAGCCUAGCACUAGUUCCGGAUCUACCCUAUCAGUGGCUUCGCGAUGCAAUGGAACGCAAAGCCCCGCGACUGUCACGUUAUACGGACCGCAUCCGGCGAGAGCUCUACGGGAUCGUGGAAGUGUCUGAUGCCUUUAGUCCUAGCAGCAGCAGCAGCUCGUCUUUACUUCCUUGGCAGGCCCCCGAACGAGCCAAUCUAGCUGCGGUUGGAAGUACACUCCUCAAUACCCUGGCAGAUGCAACACCGAUCCUCAAGGAUGUCCGCACAAGCACCCGAUUACGCGAGGCCGCGGAGUCAUCGGACUCGGGACUCUCCGCGGUCGAAAGCCAGGCACUGUCCGCCUACGCCCGGGGCCAGAAGAAAGACACUUUCCUUUCAAUCGCGGCUGUGGCGGGUGGCUUGGUGGCGAUGCUAGGGUACAUGGCCCACAUUGGGGUAUUUGCGAUUGAAGAGGAAGAGGUCGAGGAGGAAGAGGAGGAAGAGGAACCGGAGAUAAUGCUCCCCGAGUCACUUUCCGCGGGGGAUUUCCUCGGGUUGUAAUGCCAGCUCCGCGAUACUUGUUUCAUUUCACAGUUGUAUUAUUAUAUUACUUUCAUUGUCUGUUUGCUCUAUUCAGGUGCGGACCUCAUAUUGAUAGAUUAGGUUAUCCACAAAGAUACUUCUACCGGUACUACCACCCGUAUGGCUUGGAAAAGCAAGUGAGGAAAGUACACUUGCAGAAGCCAGGAUCCUGCGUAUUGAUUUGGUGAGGUCUUUUACACUCAAAGAACGAAAGCGUCUUCAUCAUCCGCCAUAAGCCUCUCUUAACUAUUGUGGUUUAGCUCCAUCGAUUAGGAAUCCACCCCAAG